AGGCGCGCUCUCCUCAAAUGCUUCGAGGCCACGGAGAUGCGGGCUCCUCGCUGGAGGAGCAGCUGAAGAAACAUCUAAAGAUGGUGCCUCGUGGAAGAAAGCAUUCUGGGAAACCUGGGAAGCCACCAUCAGUGGAUCAGCCUAAAAAAGCCUUUGACUUUGAGAAAGAAGAUAAAGAUCUAUCUGGUUCAGAGGAGGAUGUUGCUGAUGAAAAGACUCCAGUAAUUGAUAAACAUGGAAAGAAAAGACCUGCAGGAAUAAUUGAAGAUGUGGGAGGUGAAGUUCAGAAUAUGCUGGAGAAAUUUGGAGCUGACAUCAAUAAAGCUCUUCUUGCCAAGAGAAAAAGAAUAGAAAUGUAUACCAAAGCUUCCUUCAAAGCCAGUAACCAGAAAAUUGAGCAAAUUUGGAAAACACAACAAGAGGAAAUACAGAAGCUUAACAAUGAUUAUUCUCAGCAAUUUGUGAGUUUGUUGCAGCAGUGGGAACUGGAUAUGCAGAAAUUUGAGGAACAAGGAGAAAAACUAACUAAUCUUUUUCGACAACAACAGAAGAUUUUUCAGCAGUCUAGAAUUGUUCAGAGCCAGAGACUGAAAGCAAUCAAACAGCUACAUGAGCAGUUCAUGAAGAGUUUGGAGGAUGUGGAGAAGAAUAAUGAUAAUCUAUUUACUGGAACACAAAGUGAACUUAAAAAAGAAAUGGCUAUGUUGCAAAAAAAAGUUAUGAUGGAAACUCAGCAGCAAGAGAUGGCAAAUGUUCGAAAGUCUCUUCAAUCCAUGUUAUUCUGA